AUGGGGUUCAGUUCGAAGUGGUGUAAAUGGUUAAAGUUUUGUUACUCAACGGCUUCCUUCUCUGUUCUCAUAAAUGGGUCUUCUUUUGGGUUUUUUCGAAGCACAAGAGGGGUUAGACAAGGCUGUCCAUUAUCACCUCUAUUAUUCAAAAUGGCAAUGGAGGGUUUCUCAAGAUUCUUUGACAGAGCGGCAACUUGGAAGCUGUUCAAUGGCUUUUCUGUCUCUAAGGAUGGUCUGGUUAUCAAUCAUUUGCAUUAUGCCGAUGACACUAUCUUUUUUGUAGAUAAUAAGGAGGAGUUAAUAAAUUUAUUCUCAACUCUCAAAUGUUUUGAAUAUAUUGCUGGUCUGAAGGUGAAUAAUUCUAAGACAAGACUUGUAGCAAUUGGUGAAGUUCCUGAUAUUAGUGAUUGGGCCAAGGAGUUUGGGUGUGCAACUGAUUAUAUACCAUUUAUGUAUUUAGGCAUGCCUCUAGGAGCUAAGUAUCCUUCAACAAGCAUUUGGUAUCCUAUUAUAGAGAAAUUUGAGAAAAGACUUUCUCCAUGGAGAAAAGGAAACCUGUCAAGAGGUGGUAAACUCACUUUACUGAAUUGUAUUCUAACGUCUUUACCUAUGUACUUCUUUUCUCUUUUUAAAGCUCCAUAG